CACGAUCCCUUUUUAACAGGUCUAACUCUAACCAACUAUAGUUGGCGAGCGACUGAUUAGAAGAGAGAGAAUCUUCACCUUCACCUCCGAGUGUUAGCGAUGGCGUCGGAGCGGAGGAUUUCAAAGGUGGUCAGAAACCCAAAUCUGAUCAGAAAAAUUCGGAAACAAUCGAGGUCCAAGACGUACCACAAGCGAGGGCUUUGGGCUAUCAAGGCCAAGAACGGUGGCGUUUUCCCCCGCCACGACAAGAAGGCCGAGGCCGAGGCCCCGGCUGUCAAGCGCCCCAAGUUUUAUCCCGCCGAUGAUGUUAAGAAGCCUCUCGUCAACAAGCGCAAUGCCAAGCCCACAAAGCUCAGGGCUAGCAUUACUCCAGGUACUGUGUUGAUCAUUCUUGCCGGGAGGUUCAUGGGAAAGAGGGUUGUGUUUCUGAAGCAGCUUUCAUCUGGCUUGCUGUUGGUCACUGGACCAUUCAAGAUUAACGGUGUUCCUCUAAGACGUGUGAACCAGUCUUACGUGAUUGGAGCUCAGACUAAGAUUGACAUCUCUAAGGUUAAUGCGGUUAAGUUUGAUGACAAGUAUUUUGCAAAGGAAGUCCAGAAGAAAAAGAGAAGGGGAGAAGGCGAAUUCUUUGAAGCGGAGGAGGACGAGAAUGUACUUCCCCAGGAGAAAAAAGAUGACCAGAAGGCUGUUGAUACACCCUUGAUUAGAUGCAUCAACAGAAUUGCCUAUAUGAAGGAGUAUUUAGCUGCAAGGUUUUCUCUCAAGCAAGGCAUGAAGCCUCAUGAGCUUGUUUUCUAGAGACGAAGCCAAAAAGUAUAUCCUACAAAUGUUCCAUUUGUGUUUGAACUCGAUUUAGUGGUUGUAAUCUUUAAGUUCUAUUUGCAAUUGACAUAUAAUCAGAUUUUGCUUCA